AUGAAUAAUGCUGAUGAUUUGUAUUCUGUAGUUACUGGUUCUCAUUUAUCUGAUCCUGGCAAGUGUUCUGAGAUUUCAGCCUUCCUUCUACAAUUAUUAUCCAAAGAUUAUAACUCUAUUUCAUCAACUUAUGACAAGUUACUUAAUGAUGAUGAGAAACUUCGGAGAAAUUUACACAAUUUCGUCUUAGAUUCCGCGCCUAUCGCAUUAAAGAAUAUUAAUUAUUCCAACAACUCUUUUCAACAUGUUGAGAAUUUAUCAAGAACGGCUUUUGAUAUUUCUAAAUCUUCAAGUUCAAUAUCUCAUAAGGCUACAGAGUUGAAGGAUUCAUUAUCUAGAGUUGUUAGUGAGUUAACUGAGAUUAACUCUGAGUAUUCUGAUUAUAAAUAUUUAAACACUUUGUUAACAUUUUUGAACGAAUUUGAGUUAAAGAGUGAUUAUAAAAAUUUGCCAUUUUUACUUUCACUUAAUCAGGUUUUAAACUCGAUACCUGACGCCAAAGAAAGUAAAUUAGGAACUUUCCUAUUAAACAAAGUUAAAGGUCUGUUAUCUUCUGUGGAAUCGGAGUUGUUUAAGUCAUUUAGUAACGAUUAUGAUGAGAAUGCUAAGACAAUAGAACUUAUUAAGAAGAUUGGGUUAUCAAGUGCUCAUGAUGUAUCUGUUGGUUUUCUUAAGAAUAGAUUUGAUUACUUGAGUAAUUGUUUCAAGUCCUGUAUCAACUCGGCAAAAACCAAUGCUCACAGUUCUUUACAAGGGGCUGUUAAUACUCUCAAGAACAUAUAUCCAAUCUCCCUAACAUAUAAGAAUGUUUUUGGUGAUAUUGAUGUAUAUUUAUCAACGUUUGUUAACAGGGCGUUUCAAGAGUUUAUUGAUACUGUAACAACUAUCACCCGUUCUUCCGAGUUUACAUUGCACCAGAAUUUAAAUUUAUCUGGUCUUGACAGUGAAAUAAUAAAUUUGUCGAACUUAUUAGCACCUCUGGGAUUAUCAUUCCAUAUUAUUACUAAUUUUACUUUCACUUCUCUUUUAACACAUUGUUAA